GUGAUCUUUGAAUUACGAAUUCGGAAUUUCAUUCGUUUUUUGAAAAUUUUGAUUUGUUUGUUGAGUGUCAAUAUUUUGUCGAAUUUAUAUAGUAGAAUACUUUGAUGUGCACUAAGAAUGUGGGAAAAUAACACGAAUUUUCCACCUCGGUCGUAUUCGUCGUCAUUUUAUAUUGACGCAUUAGCAGAGGAAGAGAAAGCUGUAGUUCCAAGCAAUGCAGAAGUGAGAAAAACACAUUUGUUUGAUUGUUUUAUUUCCACGUCGAGCGAUAAAGACGUAGAAGUUGCAGAUCUAUGGAAAAGACAAAAGAAAACGGUGCGUUCCCCCUCUCCUCACAACGCAUUCAGAAGAUGGCGGAUCAAGACUAACCUCAAAGCUGCUGAGAAACAUGGCAUCAACGGAUCCAAGAUGACCAUCAGCUCCAAAAGCGAUGAGGAAAUGUCCCUGCUCAAAUUCCUGGCAAUCAACGCUCUUGAUCUCAGUGCCCCAGCUAGCGACGUCCUUCUGAAGUCCCGCAUCGGCAGCUGGUUCCAGUUGAGCGGCCACCCGGACAGUUUGGCUCCCGCCGGCCCUGGCACCGUGUGGAAGAAACGGUCCCCGAAUUCGGACGACACCGAACGAAUCGUGUACGAGGAGGUGUCGCGAGAUCCCGAGCUGUGCGACAUCAUACCGAAGUACUACAGAGAGGUGGAGUACCAGGGCGAGAAGUUCAUCGAGCUACAAGACUUAUUGCACGGAUUUAAGGACCCAUUCGUGAUCGACAUCAAAAUGGGCACUCGUACCUUCCUCGAAUCCGAAGUGAAGAAAUCCUGCGCCAGACGGGACUUGUACCAGAAGAUGAUCGCCAUUGAUCCACGAUCACCCACCGAAGAGGAGCACCGCUGCCAGGCGGUUACUAAGUUGAGGUAUAUGCAAUUCCGAGAACGGCAAUCUUCUUCUUGCCGAUUGGGGUUCAGGAUCGAGGCGAUGAAGCGCAGAGGAUCGGCGCCCGUCACCGAUUUGAAGACUGUGAAGGAUAGCGAGGAGGUUUCCGAGACUCUCGAUAGGUUUCUCGGCGGCAGAGAGGACGUGAAACGCCGCCUCCUGACCAGACUGUGCGACGUCCGCUCCAAAAUCGAAAACUCCGAAUACUUCAAGCGUCGCGAGAUCGUCGGCAGCAGCUUAUUUAUCGUGUACGACGACCACAAAGUUGGGGCGUGGCUGAUCGACUUUGCCAAGACGAACAAGCUGGCCGAGGGCCAAAGGGUCGAUCACAGGACAGCUUGGGUGCAGGGGAACCACGAAGAAGGGUUGCUGUUCGGGUUCGACAGACUGAUUUCGAUGAUCGAGAAUAUCAAGAAUCCGCCCUUGGACGCUAGCAAAGAGCACUUCAGACAGUCGGUGCCCGCUGUCAGCGUCAAGUCUUGAACAACUGACAAUCGAAGAGCUGAGCCCCUGCGGUAGGGGGUUUCCUUGCCUCUUUUGGAACUUGGCAGCAGCCGGAGGCGCAGACCGAAGGUGUUUUUUCGGCGGCGGCGCCGUGUAUAUGUUUGUCGAUUUUUGUAGCCUGAGCGGCGAUUUGUGUUUAUUGUUUUUCGAAAAGGUGCUUCUCCAGGAAAAAACAAAGUUCUCUAACGAUAGAUGUCUCAAAAAGUUGAGCAUCUUUUGACAUAUCAUUGAAAUUUGUAUUUCUCAACCAUUCGCCCCAACAUAGCAGCACUGAGCAUUAUGAAAUUGAAUGGCCUAUACCUUAUUGUGAUACCUCAUUGGAUAAAUAAUUUCUUCGGGAAUUCAGCUAUGCAAUUAUCAGGUUUUUUCAUUUAAUAAUCUUGUGAUAGAGGCUAAUCACAUGAGAUAAUGAAUGAUGUCUUUAUUGUUGGCUCAUUUUUUGAGAUAUUCAAGGUUGAUCAAUCUCAAAAUGCCACUAUGUAUAUUUUUUCGAUGUUUGCAUUGGAUGAUAUGUGUGGAUUUGUUUUUUUUUGUGGAGGAAUGGCCUAAUGACAAAGUAUUAAGAAAUACGUGAGGAAUACUGAAUUCUGUCAUUGCAACUUAUACUCAUCUAGUCAAUGUACUUUAAUUUCUUACUGUGUAGGUAUUUAUCCUGUCAAAUUGUCAAGCAGAUUUGCUUGAAAAGAUUGUAUACUAUUGUAAAUUUUCAGAUUUUUUAUAAUUAAAUUGUGAAUUUGCAUGUUUAUAUACUUAUUUAUAAUAAUAAAAUAAUAAUUGUGAAUC